CUUUUGGAACUAGUCUUAGCAGGAAGCCGAAAAUUACCACAACAGCAGACAACACUUUUGGGAACAGUACUAAUCCAGGUUUCGAAGUCUGAACAUUUCUGGUAGUAACGAUUUUAAUUCGCAGUCGUCAUGGAAAAAAAAAGCAAUGAUCAGUUAAUGGUAACGAGGUAUUUUAUGAACUACCUGGCUAAUAUGAAGGUGAUCUACGUUGGAGAGGACCCGGGCUGUUGCAAGUUCGAUGAUAACAUACAUAAGAUAUGUCUGAGAAUCGGCACAAAUAGCCAAGUAUUGAAUUUCCCCGCUAGCGUUAGCCAGGAGUUUAUAAUCGACAAGAUCACAGCUUUUAAUAAUGAUGAUCAGGUCGAUUUUAUCCUCGUGUUGAGGGAUCUACCAAAACACAUCGAUUACAGAACCGUCAGUGAUAGAAUCCGUCAUAAUAGGAGAGUGUUGAGCUCCGACUAUUCUAAUAAUUCAACUUUUGGGAAAUUAUUUAGACCACCCAUCAAGCUUAUGGUGAAUGAAUUCAGCUACAAUAUUGACUGCCAAAUACUUAGAGACCAAUUUUCUGGUUCAGUAACCAAAGUCGCCUGCAAAAAAAGGAACAUCUGCUUAAGUAUUCUUUAAUUCCAAAUUAAUUAAUAAUUUUAAAUUUUCAUAUACUGUUUUUAUUCAUACACAUGUAAUCUUAAUAAGUCUUAUUCAUACAUAUUUUUUUAAAUUUAUAUUCUGGCAAA